AUGACGAGCCUAUACAUAGCACGUCACAGAAACGAAGCUGAGGUUUACCAUGGCGAAGCCAUCUGCAAGAAGAAAUCGCGCGAACUGCUCGGGGAAUUCUGCCUCCCGUCAGGGUUGCUUCCCCUGGACGACAUCGUAGAGGUGGGGCACAACCGCAUCACGGGGUUCGUGUGGCUGAAGCAGAACCGAAAGAAGGAGCACCGGUUCCAACGCAUCGGACGUGUCGUUUCCUACGAACCGGAGGUGACGGCAUUCGUGGAGGAGCACCGAAUGCGGCGGGUGACCGGAGUGAAGACGAAGGAGCUGUUCAUCUGGAUCAGGAUCGCCGACAUCUCCGUCGACAACGACGAUGCCGGUAAGUUCACGUUCGCCAAUCCCUCUGGCUUAUCAAAGACGUUUUCUGUUUCGGCUUUCGACGGCGAGGCGGACGAGAGGGAAGGAAAGAAGUAG